GUUCUAGCGCAUUUCCUUUUCUCUCCUUUACUUCCUUUUCAACGAAAUCUAAAACCCUAGCCAAGAUCUCUAGGGCAGAGCGGGGAAAUGGACGAUCCCAUAGAUCGUGUGGAGAUUUCCGGAUCCACAUUGGCCAUGGCGCUGCGCGAGCUGGGAUCACACACAGACACCGACGGGCUGCUCUUCGGGCGAUUGCACACCAGAUCCAUCCAGAAUUUCCAAGACGAUGGUGAUUCCCCUGCGGCGCCCAGCCGCCGCGAGGAGCACACGGCGAUCAUUACCGGCUGCUGCUGCUCAGGUACGCUCAUGAGCUUCUACGAUGCCGCCGGGGAGCUGGACGAUCGGAAGCUGGAGCGCCUUGUCGGGAAUCGCCAGAAGUGGGGCGGGGACGCGAUCAUUGGCUGGCUCCUCGGUCGCAGGAGCUCCUCAAUGCGGCCAUCGAUGCGAGAGGCCGCCGUCACUGCGAACCUCAACGCCAGGAAUCCAGCCUCUCCAGCUCCAUCGCUCGAUCGGGAGAAGAAAAUACUAGACAACUCCAACUCCUCCAUCGAUCUGGGCUUGCCUUACGCUACCUCCAGCAGGAGUAGCAGCAUUAGCGACUCUUUCAUCGAUCGCCAGGAGGAAAAGCUGGGCGAUGCUCCAGCAUUGUUGCCGUGUUUGUUCCUCCUUCUCACGGAGACCACGGCAGAGAACUCGAUCCAGACGCACGAGUACCGGGCAUUCCAGUUCCAGCGCCAGACACGGCAGUUCCAUCCUCGGCUUUUGGUCGUGAGAAACGUUGGGAGAGCAGGGAGAUCAUCCGAGCAAGGUGGCUUGUAUGGAAGCUUUGUUCCAGUGUCUCCGCUGCCUUGGUUCUCCACGAGCUUUGGGAGCUCUUCCACGAGCGGCGAGGAGGAAGAGGUUGAUAGCUGGAGGAGUUCCUCCGGGACUGGUGGAAGGGGGGAGAGAUCUUCUUCCUCGCUGCGGCAGCAGCAGCAGCAAGCGCUGCUCGGCAUGUACGCCGAGGGAUUCAGCAUCGACCAGCUCCAAAACGUUUCCAGAUGCGGUGGUAGCGUGCAGGAGAUCGAGCUCCUCUACUCGAGAAUGCUGGCCAAGAUGCAAAAGAUCGCCUACGAAGUUCGACAAAGCUCCGAGGCUGUCCAGGAAAAGAUGACGAAGAUUGCGAAGCUCAGAGCUUCUCAAGAUCAUUUGUGACUACCGUCUCUUAUAUAUUUACCCUCUUCGUUUCGUUAUUUUUCUCGAGCAGGGUUUUUCAGGCUGCUCGCAUGACGAGAUUAAAUUUGUGUGAAGAAGAAAACAGUCGUUGGUUCACGUAAAAAGGUGGCGACCAUUAUUUAGGUGUCGAAUCUAAUUCCAACCCAACUUUUUCUGCUUUGACCACAAAGUCAAGGUGGUAAAAA